AAACUUUCAUUUCCCACUGAAACAGCUUUUCUUUUAGAUAUUUCUGGAGAGAUAUGGAGAAGCUUUCAGGUUUGAGCCACCUCUUCGUGACGGUUUUCCUCUCAACCUUUGCCAACUUCACGGUGAUUCCGGCCAUCACCGACGUCACCAUGCUAGCUCUUUGCCCCGGUCAAGACGAGUGCUCCCUCGCAAUUUACCUCACCGGUUCCCAACAAGCGAUCAUAGGAUUGGGAGCAAUGAUAAUCACACCAGUAAUUGGGAAUCUGUCGGACGAGUACGGGAGAAAAGCCCUGCUCACCCUCCCCAUUACACUCUCCAUCAUUCCACUAGUAAUAUUGGCAUAUAGCAGGGCGACCAACUUCUUUUAUGCCUACUUCGUCAUCAGGACUCUCACUGCCAUGGUCUCUGAUGGCUGCACCAACUGCCUUGCUCUGGCUUAUGUGGCAGAUAAAAUUCCAGAAUGUGAACGGGCACCAGCAUUUGGAAUUCUAGCUGGGGUAGGUUCAGCUGCGUUUGUAUGUGGAACCUUAGCAGCUCGUUUUCUCUCCACUGCUUCAACAUUUCAGGUUGCUGCAUUCAUGUCAAUCCUUGCAGCCAUUUACGUGAGAGUUUUUCUGGAGGAAAGCAUACCCAAUGGAGUUGGAAUAAGGCAACCGAUCUUGAAGGAAGCUCCAAAUGCUACUAAAGAAGAUGCUGAUUUAGAAAAGACAACGCAAGUCUUUAAGAGGAUUCCAUCGAUGGGGGACCUGAUUAGCUUGACCAAGAUUAGCACGACAUUUUCGCAAGCAGCAGUUGUUACAUUCUUCAAUGGUCUUGCAGAGGGUGGGAUAAUAGCUUCGUUACUGUACUUCCUAAAGGCUCGUUUCCACUUCAACAAAAACCAAUAUGCUGAUCUAAUGCUAAUUGUUGCGGUUGCAGGGACCAUUUCACAGCUGAUUUUCAUGCCCAUUUUGGUACCUGUUAUUGGAGAGGAGAAGCUGCUUUCCAUAGGUCUCUUAAUGGGCUUUACAAACAUGUUUGUUAGCAGCAUAGCUUGGUCAGAUUGGGUUCCUUAUGCCACUACAGUGUUUUCCAUCUUUACCGUCUGUGUGCAACCAAGCUUACGCAGCAUCGUUUCAAAACAAGUUGGGCCCAUCGAGCAGGGGAAGGCUCAAGGAUGCAUUUCAGGCAUAAGUUCCUUUGCCACCAUCAUUUCUCCAUUAAUUUUUAGUCCUCUAACAGCUUUAUUCCUAUCUGAAGAAGCACCAUUUCAUUUCCCUGGUUUCAGUAUCAUGUGCAUUGGGUUUGCCAUGAUGAUUGCCUUCAUUCAGAGUAUUAUGAUAAGGGGAGUUCCUUCAAGUCACAGAGCUGAAAAUAAUCACAGCAUUGAGGCCUAGUUCUUAGAAUUUGGGUUAUCUAUUCUAAUAUAACAGAACUAUUUCUCUCUGGCCUUCAUUUUGCCCUGAGAUCGAUAUUAUUCUAUCCGGGCCACUCAUAAGCACAUAGAACAAACCAAAAAAGAAGAGAGAAUAUAAGAACAAAAUAUGCACUCAAAUAUAUAUUCACACUUCCACUCAGAACACCUUAAAAUCUCUAGAAGAUUCUCAAAAGCUUGAAAGAACAGUUGGGUCCAGUGUAAGCAACUAAAGGUCUUCUAUAAUUAGGAUUCAUGUGAGUCAUACAAUCUUGUGGGUUGGUUCGGUAUUAAAGUCUAUGUACGCCUCACAUUAGGACUCUUUAUAUGUAUCUCAGGACCCGAAAAUGUAAUUAGAUUUCGAUUA